ACAUUUUCCACCCGAAAACCGGCCUUGACGAUGGAGUUUUCCUUUCGAUUUACUCUUCCGGUAGGUGGCGCUAUAAAAGAUGAGACCAUCGACGAUAUCGGCAUCAGUAUUCGCACAGCACUUCUAUCAACAACAACAUCCAUCAAAAUGAAGUUCUUCAUUGCAAUCAUGGCUGUGACGUUCGUCGCUGCGUCCGAGGCCUCGUACCUGCCAUACGCUGACGAUCUGUCCUACCAGAGCUACGGUUAUGGACUUCCUCUCUCGAAGGUGGUCGUCGGCUCGUCGUACGGUCUGCCAGCAGCUGUGGACAAGUACUCCUACCCAUCGUACUACAGUUCUUAUCCGGCCGUGAAGAAGGUGGUCGAAUAUCAGUCGGUUGCUCCGGUGCUGGCCACCAAGGUCGUUGAUAACAGCUACGGACUGGGAUACAACAAGCUGGUGUCCCCGGUCGUCGCCACCAAGGUCGUUGAUAACAGCUACGGACUGGGAUACACCAAGGUCGUUGAUAACAGCUACGGACUGGGAUACAACAAGCUGGUGUCCCCGGUCGUCGCCACCAAGGUCGUUGAUAACAGCUAUGGCCUAGGAUACAACAAGCUGGUGUCUCCGGUCCUUGCCAGCGGUUACGGUCUCGGAUACAACAAGCUGGUGUCCCCAGUCGUCGAUAAUGGCCUGUAUAACUAUGGCGGCUACGGACUGGGAUACAACAAGUACCUGUCGGCCGCUCCAGUUGCCAAAUAUGUGUUGUAAAUGUGUAAAUAAUAUUGUUUUAAUAAACCGGCUCCGGCUCCGAUCCAUGACGUAUGAAUGUUAACCCAA